AUUCUUCUUCUCCAGAUAGCUACAAAACCAAGAAAAAAAGGAAUGUCAAUAUGAUCAUCAACUGCCUCCCCACAAACCUCCCCCCACAUGAAACACAACAUGAACAUUGGCCCCCAAAUACCCCUCUCCCUGCACAAAAAACAUGACCGGAACAUUGACCCUCAAACCCCCUUCCCCCACACAAAACGCAAAAAGAACACCAGCCUCCAAGUCUCCCUUUCCCUGAACGUCGACCCUCCAAAUCCCCCUCUCACAUACAAAAAAGCAAGGAAGAAUGGGCAGCAAACAGGAUAUAAAAAACUAUAAGACUGGAAAAAGGUCCACAGAUCAAAUCGAUAUCCGUAUCCGGAAGGAGGAAAACCUCUCCGGCAGCAGGGAUCACACCAGCUGUCAAAAGGUAGGCAGCUGCUGCUCAACUUCCGCAUUCACCUCCGUGAACACCGGUUGAGUCCUCUGCACUUAUCGCCUCGAGGUUUGCUGUCUCUUGGGAAGCUCUCAGAGACAGCAAAACACUGGAUCACCCAAACAAUCUCCAAACUAUAAAUCACAGGCUUCAGCAGUCCCAGAUACACAUUCAAGACAAAAAAACAGACAUAACAGACCUAAAUGGAGCAAAAUAAAUAGCUUUGUGGUCUAUCUUGAAGAUGUUGACUCUGAAAGCAUUGUACGCUGGCACCAUCCUGACUGGAUAUGGGUCUUGUCACCAUUUUCCCAGUUCAUUGGGUAUUAAACUGUUGCAUUCCUCCUGUUACAAGUGCUCUCUUUGUGGUGGUAGGUAGAGGAUAAAGAUCUAGCGUAUUUCUAAAUCUGGGUGAUUACUGCCAUCAGAGCGGCAUACAGGAGCCUGAGGACCCACACUCAAUGUUUUAGGAAUAUCAUCUUCUCCUCUGCCAUCAGGUUUCUGAACAGGCCCUGAAUCCCUGAACACUACCUCACUAUUUUGCUCUCUUUUUGCACUAUUUAUUUAUUUUUGAUAUAUUCUUAUUGUAACUGAUAGUAACUUCUUAUGUUUUGUACUGUACUGCUGCUAUAAAACAACAGAUUUCAUGACAUUUGUCAGUGAUAGUAACCAGAUUCUGAUAUGUGACUUGGGCAGAAAUGUUCAGGCUCUGGCAUUCCCAUAAUCCUCCAGUCUUGGCUUUCUUAGUGGUAAAGUUUGCUUGGCUUGGGGGGUGCUGUCAAAAAAUCCCUCCUAAAAAGAAGCUGCUGAAUGAGUUAGUGGAACUGCCCCACUCCUUGAGUUUCUCAAUCAAUUUUGACCUCUUCUACAUUCCCCUAGAUUCAGAAUUAAUUCGGCACCAUAUGGUUAAGUAUCUCGUACUGAAUUAUGCGCUCAUAUGCUAAUAUCAUCUAAUGUUCACCCAGUUUGGAUUAGUGGAAAUAAAAAACAAAAACUGCAGAUGUUGGAAGUUACAAUAAGACCAUUAAAUACUGGAAAGACAGAUCGGCCUGCAUCUGUGUUAGCUGUGUUUCUGUCCCCGUACAUGCUGCCUAAUCUGCUGAAUACUUCCAGCAUUUUCUGUUUUUAUUUUGGAUUGGUAAAAAUUAGGUGCUUAAUUAUAAAUAAAAGUAGAUUUAGACUCUACAUCCAAGUUCCUGAUGAGUGCAAACUAUACAGGAAUUAUAUGUGUUUGUUCUCAAAAAUUGAUAAGAAGAUUAUAGAUUAUCUAAAGAUAUCUUUUGUUUUCUCUGAAAUAGGAAUCGAAUCCUGAUGAAUACUUAUAUUCCUUUUAUGAAGGUUUAACCCAGAAGAAAAUGGGAUGAUAUCCGGUUCUGAGACGCAGGUUCCUUCACUGUGCUCUCCUUUCCUCAAGCUGUUUACUUCCAUGUUCUGCCCUUGGAUUACCCAUCAAAAUAACCCACGAGGAAUGUAGCCUGUAUUAAGCUGUGGUUAUAACUGUAAUGAUAGAAUACAUUCUCACCUUUUUUAUACGUACUUACCUCUUUGAAUUCCAGUAUUGCUAAAUCAUCUGUCCAAUUUGUUCCCUUUAAAAAUGUUUAAUCGAUGAAGUCCAUGUUUAAUCCUCUGGAAUUUAAGACUAAAGGCAUCUGAUGUUCUUUGGGAAUUCAAUGAGAACAUAUUAUUGCUGAUAUGGAAGUGAGUGCUGUGAAGUCUCUGUACUGGGAAUUGUUUCCACCAAUGCCUACCAAGCGUGUGUACUGCACUCCAAUUUAUCAGGAUAGGCAAUUGUUUGUCCUUGGAGGCUGCAGUGAGACAGGAUUACCUCUGGACAAAGUGGAAAUGCUGGAUGUUGUGAGUCAGAAGUGGACAGGGCUGCCCUCAAUGCCCACACCUCGAGCUGGGGCAGCAGCAGUUAUUUUGAACAAGCAAGUCCUCAUUAUUGGAGGCAUGAAUGAAGACCAGUGUCCUUUAGGAUCAGUAGAUAUCUUUAACAUCGAUGAAGGCAAAUGGGAGAAAAGGACACCACUGGGACAACCUUCAAUGGGACUCACAGCUGUCAAGAAAGAUGGCAGGGUUUACGCUCUGGGAGGGAUGGGUUCUGACGCAGCUCCGCAAGCACUGGUACGUGUGUACGACCCAGCCAGUGAUCACUGGCAUCCCUUGCCACCAAUGCUGACACCCCAGUACGCAGCCUCGGCCUACCUCAAGGGCAACAAGAUUUUUGUCCUAGGAGGAAGACAAGGUAAACUGCCAGUGACUGCCUUUGAGGCCUUAGACCUGGAAACAAAGAGCUGGACGAAGUACGCCAGUAUUCCCAGCCGCCGUGCAUUCGCUAACUGUGCCAUGACCGAGAAAUGCUUCUACAGCAUGGGCGGCCUACAGCAACCAGGCCCUCACAACUUCUAUUCCAGGCCACACUUUGUAAAUACGGUGGAAGAAUUUGACAUGGAACAAGGAAACUGGUUGAAAUCAUCCCGUUCCACAAGAAUGAGAGAGAAACGUGCAGAUUUUUCUGUGGGCCAUGUUGGAGGAAGAAUGGUUGCAGCUGGAGGUCUAGAUGCUACCUCAUCUGCUGAGUUCCUCCACCAUUUUGUGUGCGCUGCAUUGGAUUUCCAGCAUCUGCAGAAUCUCUUGUGCCUAGGAAACCAGCCAGUACCACUUGGAUCAGUGGAAGGAUUCCAUCCAAUCAAGAGGAAAUGGGAAAGUCUCCCUGCAAUGAAUGUCCCACGCUGCUCAUGUGCCAGCCUCCAAACCGAUAACAUGCUCUUUGUGAUUGGUGGUGUUGCACAGGGACCCAGUAAUGCUGUGGAAGCCUUGUGUGACCGAGAGAGUAUCUGAGCAGUGAAACUGUGAAAUAGUAAUGUCGUGGAUCAGCAGUUAAUUAAUUUUGGACUUCUUGGUCAGUGUCUCUGUCAGCGUUGUUUGAAGAUUCUGAUAUAGGAUAUUAAUGCUAUCAGUAAGAGCUUUGAAAAUAACUUGUUUUACAAAGGUGCAUAAGAAACUUUUAAACACAAGGAUUAUGUUCCCUUGUUGAAUUAGCUGAGUACUAACAUUGUAUUUUCUCAAAUAAAAUGUGUUAACUAUGGAGUUCUGAGAUACUGUUACAACCUUUAGACAGAAGCAUCAGUGAAUAUACAAGUCUCACAGUUGUGAACUUAAUAUUAAGUGAAGAAACAAAGCUGUCUCAACAGAUUGUAAGCGAUCGCAUAUUCUAUUGAAUUCCCUGUUUUGUUCAAGAGGACAAUUCAUUGAUAGAAAAUUUAAGAAAGAAUUCCACGGAACUGGUGUUGUUUCCUAUAUCCAGCAAAAGGCCUAACCUUUCUAUGAAAGGAAAAGCUUCAGAAUUGGGAGCCAAAACUGUCAAAGCCUAGAUAAAUGAAAGUGAGGGACUUUUGGCUAUUAGGAUAAAAAAAGAGAUUGUGUAAGUGCAGUCCUAGUUUUUAAGAAAUGCUGUAGAAGGAGUCUAGAUAAUAAUAAGGUAAUCAUAGAACUCUUAUCUGUCUUAACAAUUCAAUCCCUGUUAGAAUAUUGCAAUUUAAC